CUCUUUUAUUCCAACAACUCACAGAGCAGAACAUAGUAAACAUGUAUUAGAUUCUUCAAUAUUAAUAAACAACAUGUAAAAAACAUUGUCUUUUGAGCGAGUAAGUCUUCUGUCUUUUUUAUUACAAUUAGUUUGUCAGAGAUGUGUCACUAUUAACCAAAAUAAGGUUAAAUAGAUAGGAAAUGCGGUGGUAAUUAUUUUUUGUCCAUCGGAAAUAACUACUUUUACAAACAGUAGGACGCCUAAUAGGUCUAUUCAUUAAACCUGGACCUCUUGGAAGACACAUCGUUCUUUAAAUGAGAGACUCUGGCUAAAACAACAGUGCAGACUCACAUACAGUAAUAACACUUUCCCAGAGAGGCAUCAAUUGAAGAGCUUGAGCAUUUAACAUGAUCCAUUACACAAGUUUUAAAUGGCUUUUGAAACCUGUGAGGUUUGAGCUGUUGCAGGAGACCAUCACCUCCACUAGGUGUCAUCCUGCUCUUCCUAACUAUGAAGUUGGCGUUUGACAUUCCUGGAUCCUCCUACUCCUCUGUGAUGUUCCCUGAGGAUGCACAGGCAUCCAACCCUGUUGAGGAUCAGACCCACCACCCCACGCCUCUGGGAACUACACCAAGAACAAUUUAGGAACUUUAAAAUCUUUUUCUCCACUUUCAUCGUUCACCUGUUCUAUUUUCUGAAAUCAAACAAUGGCCAAUGCAGGUAUACAGCUUCUCGGGUUCACGUUGGCCUUCCUGGGCCUCAUUGGCACGAUAGCAUCCACAGCCAUGGUGGAAUGGAAAGCUUCGUCGUACGCAGGAGACAACAUCAUCACAGCUCAGGCAAUGUACGAAGGGCUGUGGAAGAGCUGUGUGUCACAGAGCACGGGUCAGGUGCAGUGUAAAGUGUAUGAUUCACUUCUACAACUACCAGGGAUGGUCCUGGGCACACGUGGGCUGAUGAUAUGCUCCAUCAUGCUGUGCUUGCUUUCUAUAUUGGUGAACAUGGUGGGCAUGAGGUGCACCACCUGCAUGGCGGAUCAACCGGAGCUGAAGGACAAAGUGGCUCUAGCCGGAGGGGUUAUCUUCAUCAUCGCUGGUCUGCUCGCUCUGGUGGGAACAUCUUGGUAUGGCCACAGAAUAGCCCAGGACUUCUACAACCCAUUCACUCCGACGAAUUCUAAAUAUGAAUUCGGAAGUGCCUUGUUUGUUGGAUGGGGAGCGGCCUUUCUCACCAUCAUUGGAGGGAGCUUCCUCUGCUGCAACUGCUCAAGCAAGGGCUCAGGGAAAUCCCCCCGCCACCCACCGUCCAGCUCUGCAGGCCAGCCGGGCCGGGACUACGUGUAGGGCAAUCACUCCAUCCGACCGAAGAGCGCGGCCUUUGCAGGGAAUUUGUCUUCUGUCAUUCAGAUUUUUGUUUCUGUUUCUUAAUGUUUUACAAUGUAUAUUUGCAUGUGUUCUUUUUGGUGUAUGAUUGUAUUUGUAGGGAAAUGCAUUUUGAUAGUCCAUAUAGUUCACAGAAAACAAGAAAAAUAUAUAGUCAUCCAUCAAGUACUACAUAUUAACUAAAGAAAUUAAUACUGCACAUGAUAAUAACUUGAACCUAUUCAAUACUCAGUGUAUUUGCUUAGUGUGUGACAGUUUAAAUUUUUUGUUAAUUUGCUUUGUUUUAUCCAUGCAUAUAAAAUAAAAUUAUCACUGCUUUCGUAAUAUUGUAUGUGUGCAUCUGUGUUUGGUUUGAUGUGUAACACAUGGUUGGUGUUUGAAUCCCAUAUAAACCCCUGCUAACCAACAA